AUGGCGAAGCUUGCUGUGUUUGUGGGCUCCUUACUCAUUUCGAUUCCAUUCUCUGCUGCCCAAUUAGAUAUCCUCGCCCAACUCGCCGGGAAAAAAUACUUUGGAACUGCUACAGACAACCCAGAACUUACUAAUGCCUCUUAUGUAGCCCAGCUAGGCAACACAUUGGAUUUCCAUCAACUGACCCCGGCCAAUAGUAUGAAAUGGGAUGCUACUGAACCUUCUCGAGGAAUAUUCACAUUUAAUGGUGGAGAUGCUAUUGUCGCCCAAGCAAAAUCACGAGGGCAGCUUAUGCGAGAGGCGAUAAAUGAUGAUGGGACUUUCCGACAAUCCGUCUUUUUCAACACAACUGGUCUUUCCUACAUCAAGGCGGCUUUGAGAACUGCUCGAAAAGCAGACCCCAAAGCAAAGCUAUACAUCAAUGAUUUCAACAUCGAAGGCACUGGUGCCAAAUCGACUACAAUGAUCAACCUUGUCAAGGAGUUGAAGUCUGAGGGUGUUCCGAUUGAUGGGAUCGGUGUCCAAUCUCAUCUUAUCGUUGGCGAAGUUCCUACAACUAUGCAAGAAAAUCUUCAAGCCUUCGCCGACCUCGGUGUAGAGGUUGCUAUUACCGAACUUGAUAUCAGAAUGACUCUACCAGAGACCCCUGAACUCCUUGAACAACAGACGAAGGAUUACGAAUUUGUGAUCUCAGCUUGCAAGGCCGUCAAAGGCUGCGUCGGUGUGACUCUAUGGGACUGGACUGACAAGGCAUAUCAUAUUUUUCAGUUUUCAUGGGUUCCUGGAGCCUUCGCUGGUCAGGGUGGUGCUUGCCCAUGGGAUGAGGUUAGCAUUCGGAAGUCUCCCAAGUUGCAAGUAACUAAUAGGCAUAUUCAGAACUUCAAAAAGAAACCAGCUUACCUGGGUAUCGUCAAAGGAUGGCUGUCCCUCACUCUCUUGCGUCACAACGUCUUCCAGUGUACCAAAUCAAUUUUGGAAGACCACAACAUUCUUAUAGUCUUUACCAACAUAAUUACCACCACUCUUUAUGUCGAGGACCGCAUCGCCUUUUUGAUCAAACGAACCAAGUAG